AUGGGACCGGUAGGAGAUCAUGUAACUUCACGAUGCACGUUUUCCUACAUAUUCUGUGGUGCAAGCGCCGAUGAUGAGAUGAGUGAAGCAACACCCUACUUCACUUCUAAUUGGGGAGAUAUGGAGAUGGGAAAAGAUUAUUGGAAAAAUAUGAUUGAUCAUGGGUACGGUGUUGGUGACAGAAACAUCGAGGGUGUGACUGCAUCGGAUGACAUUAUCAACCUCUCAACUGACAUCAAUAUGGAUGAACCAACUUGUACAUUAUGGCAGCGUCUCAUUAUUGAUGUUGUGGAAUCAUCGACAAAUUCUACAACAAACGCAGAAGAUAUUCAGGCGGCACAAGUUAAAGCAACCUCAAAGAGCGUCUACAAUGAUCAGAUUGAUAAAUCCAACGUGGUUUCACACUUCAGGCUAGUCAUCUGA